CUCACUGCCGGAAGCCCGUGGCCCAUGUCUGAAAUCAUACACAGCCUCCAUGCAUCCCUGGCUGAUCUUCACCAUCCUCUCUGCUUUGCUUGAUGCAGUGGACCUGCUGGCUUGUGAAGACUGUAGCGCUCCAGGGAAGGCCUGUGAUGGAAAUAUGAAGCCUUGUUUCUUGGGUGAAGAUACUUGCGGCACCAUCCUAGGGCAGACCAAUCUAGCCAAGGCCGGAUUUUCAGGCAUCUUGAAGACCUGUACGACAUCUACAGCUUGCAAAGCCGGCAUCAGGACUAUGAGUCUUGGCCGUCAGAUAACACUGAGAAGGAAUGCUGUGUGCUGCCAAGAAGAGAACUUCGGAAAUCAAUCAGUUUUAUUGCCACCAGAGGAUACUACACAAAAUGGAUUAAGCUGCCCAAGUUGUUAUGCACAAGAUUCUGAUUCGUGUGUCGCUGAAAGUACCCUGCGUUGUACUGGAGCUGAGAAUCACUGUGUCUACGUGACAGGCAUGCUGGAGUUCUUGCAAGGCAUCACUGCCAACACCACCACAUUUGCGGGCCAGGGAUGUGCCACUGAAAGUGUCUGUGAACCUAGAGAAGGGGUAUCUGUUUAUUCUGGUGUUUUCUCCUAUGCCAUAUCAACAAUUAUGGAGUGCUACCCAGCCCCCAUCACAACAAAUUCAGCCAUCGUUCACCAUAUCUCUUGGAUGAAAGCCACUUCUCUGCAUCUCAUUGCCACUUCUGUCAUGUCUUCCUUCUGUUUCCUGUCCCACAACUCUUUCUUGUAGGUGAAGCAAUCAGCUGGCUU